AUGGGCGUCGAUAUGGGCAAAGGGAGUUGCUAUGCGGCCGGAGUCCUAGUGGGAAUUGGCUGGUGGAUCCUAGCGGACGGUGCGGCUUCGGCGGCCUCUCGCGACUCGCACAUCUCUUUCGACAUUGUGAAGUACCUGCCAGGGACCGUCGCCACGCUCGCCUUCUUCCUGACGAACACGGUCAACUGGGACAUGCUGUCGGAAGACACGCGCUUUACUUAUGGCUCGGAAGUAGCCACUCGAGCGCGAUGCUUCGUCGUGUCCUGCAUGGCUCUGUCUGUUGCUUCGCUGGUGGCUUCGGUGGUGGUGUUUACGCACACGUAUGUCAACAACAAGUACAAUGAGUCGGCGUGGCCAGGAGCUGCGAUCGUGUUCCAGAACGGAUUCAUCCUUUUGGUGCUACGCCAUGUGGACCUUUACUGUGGGCAGCCUCAUUGGUCGUGUAUGGGAUGGAAGGGAAGUGCGGGGUUUGAAUGGUUUGAGAUAUUGUGUAGCAAAGUACACUUACUUCUGCUUACGCGUCUGAGCGUCGGUGGAAAACUCGUCACUUUGCGUACCCGAGCAUUGCAGAGCGAUGGAGACGAAGGUGACGCUACCGAAGGUCGACGUCCACACUGGCAAAUCUUAGUAGGGCCGAACUCCAAUAGAAAGGAGCAAUUGGGAAGGGGAGAUGUCGGUGUGAAAUCCUACGCUGCUGGCCGUUCUCGUCGUGGAAAUGUUUCAACUUGCCUUCGAACACAGGUCGUAGAGCAGUCAUCACUGCCUCGUUACCAGCUUUGGUACUCAAGGCCAGUAACUUGCAGCACGGUGGUCGAGGAGUGA